GCAUUAAGAUAUCACAUUGUUGAAGUAUUUGGAAUACCUAGUUGUGUGAUCGAUAUGGUUAAUUUAUGUUAUCUUGAAAAACUGCAUUCACCUGCGAAACAACUAGGCUAUUUAUUUCUUUAUUUCUCGAACGUAUAUUAAGGAUCAAUAGGAAAAUAAGGAUUUCAACAAUAUUUGUGCAAUAAGUAAACGUUGAAUGAUGUAUAUUUGCGAGAAAUAUCACGAGUUAUUAAUGAGACAUUCAGAUCCUCGAGUGGAAAAAUGGACUUUUAUGGGAGGAUUUGGCACAAUAAUGUACAUAUCCAUAGGAUAUUUAUUGCUUGUAUUAGUAAUUUUACCAGCGAUAAUGAAAAAUAGAGAACCUCUGGUUCUCACCACUACAAUUAGGAUCUACAAUAUAUCUCAAGUUGUGUUGUGCUGUUUAAUACUAUAUACGUUGAUGACAUCUGGCUGGAUACAAGGCGAAUACAGUCUCGGCUGUCAAACAGUCGACUAUUCCAAUUCCUUUAACGCCACGCGACAACUGUCCGCUCUGUACUGGACGUACAUACUGAAGAUGUACGAGUUGGUCGAAACGGUGUUUUUCGUGCUCAGGAAAAAAUACAACCAGGUGUCACCACUGCACCUGUACCAUCACGUGUCUACGUUAUUCAUAGCAUACGUCGGAACCAAAUUCAUUGGAGGUGGGAUGUUUUCGCUACACGUUCAAACGAACCUUCUGAUCCACAUAUUCAUGUACACGUAUUAUUAUUUGUCGUCGUUUGGUCCGGAAUGGCAAAAAAGUUUGGUGCCAUGGAAGUCAAAAUUAACUAUAGCUCAAAUGGUACAAUUCACGUUGAUGCUCAUUCAUUCAGUCAUAGCCUUUUUACCAGGAUGUGCAGUACCAAAAACUUUCUUUUAUUUUUAUGUCCCGAAUAUUUUUUUGCUUUACAAGAUGUUUUAUGAUUUUUAUAAGAAAACUUAUGCACAAAAAUCUGUCUUUAAGGUUCAAUAAUCAUGAUUUUUAUAUAAAACAAUUUUAAAUUUGAGCAUGUGAAGAUUAGACAAUAGAAUAAAUAUUUCGUUUUA